AAAGGUCGAGAUAUCGAACAGGUCGCCUUUUGGUAUCAAUAAGUUUUCGAUCGUCUUCCACUGUUCUCCACCCGAAGGCCAAAUUCACUAGGGCUUCUGUGAGACUGUGAGAGUUCAUCAAAGAGAUAAGCUGUAGUGUUCGACAACAUUCAUUCAUGGCUUCCCAAAUGAGCAAGAAACGAAAGUUUGUCGCCGAUGGAGUUUUCUUCGCUGAGCUCAACGAAGUGCUGACCAGAGAGCUCGCUGAGGACGGCUACUCCGGCGUCGAGGUUAGGGUUACGCCGAUGCGUACUGAGAUUAUAAUCAGGGCAACUCGGACACAAAAUGUUCUAGGUGAGAAGGGAAGAAGAAUCAGAGAAUUAACAUCUGUUGUUCAAAAGCGGUUUAAAUUCCCCGAGAACAGUGUUGAGCUCUAUGCUGAGAAAGUCAACAACAGAGGUCUAUGUGCUAUUGCUCAGGCUGAAUCUCUGCGCUACAAGCUUCUAGGAGGGCUUGCUGUCAGGAGAGCUUGCUAUGGUGUUCUUAGAUUUGUUAUGGAGAGCGGGGCAAAAGGAUGUGAGGUCAUUGUUAGUGGUAAGCUCAGGGCACAGCGUGCAAAGUCGAUGAAGUUCAAGGACGGAUAUAUGAUAUCCUCCGGUCAGCCAUGCAGAGAUUAUAUUGACUCUGCCGUGAGACACGUCCUCUUAAGACAGGGUGUUCUUGGGAUUAAAGUUAAGAUCAUGCUUGAUUGGGAUCCUAAGGGUAAGCAAGGACCCACCACUCCUUUGCCUGAUUUGGUUACUAUCCACACACCCAAGGAGGAGGAGGACCACAUCAGGCCAUCAUCUGCUGUUCCUCUACCACCAGCCGUUGAAAUAGAGAUUCCAGAAGUAUAAUGCUGAGCCUUUCCAUGCUCACUUGCAGUAUAGGAGGAAUGAAGAGAUUAGUCAUAUAUUAAUUCCUAGAGUUUAAUUUAUGGGAUUUGAGCUUACCUCUUGUUACUGUUUUUGUUACUUACUAUCGGUUUGAAUCUGGAGUUAAAAUUUUUUGUAGACACUUUUAAAUGAAUAACACAGGCGUGGUGUUGGUUGAA